AUGUUCUCAACACUUACAAAGUUCUUGACAGAGGAAGCAGCUGAUGAUAAUGAGUUCCAGAAUGGUUUCACAGAAGAGCAACCUGACCCAGAUGUUAAGAAUUGGAUAUUACAUCGGUCUUAUAGCUUCCAGACGGACAUUAUCCAUGAGCAGCUCAAUGUCGAACUUCGCGAUGAGGAUGACAUCCCGCACGUACGAUGCGCUUUGACCUUAACACUAGGGAGUCGUGAUACUCCUCAUUCUGAUGUAAGAGGGUUAAUAUUCAAGCCACAUGCCUGGUUGGGUCCUGAACUGAAUAUUAUUGUUGGUAACGGUCAAAGCUUGUCCCGAGCAUCUGAACUCUGUGUCGAGCCUUCUGGCUCGACGCAGGUCAAGGAUGACCAUAAUCAUCGUGCAGAGACACGUAUACUCCUAGUCCUGAAAUCAUACCUCAAAGGCUGCCAUACGCUCGUCCAAACGCCAACGAAAGCACAACAACGAAGACUUGCAGGCGUCCGAAACUGCAUAGAAGCUCAAACGAGUGACGACAAAGAAGAUACUGUAAGAUUAGCCCCUAUACUGAAGAACUUAAAGAGGGACGGCAUAAAACCUGAUAAGCUAUGUUCCGAAACCUUCAAACGCACAAAAAAAAUCGAACAGCAAUCCGCUUCCACCCACAAUGUGGGAUGCUAUUUAACUGGGAUAACACAACAUCGCGAUCUACUCCCUCCCGGGCAGUGCCCUACGCCUAAAAGCAAAGAUACACCUGCCUAUGAAUGUGGGCGCGGCGUCGAACGAAUUAUGGAGUUGACAUCAAGACUUGCCGAGCUUUACGACGACGACAUCGCCAAUGCCACCUUUACUUUUCUAGAACUUGGAGCCUGUGGUGUAACUCGUCUCGGUAAGGCUGCACUUGGUAAUGAAAAGUUCUUCUACGACGCGCUUUUCUCCUUGAUUGAUUUAUCCUGGCGAAAAUUGACUGCUGUUCAUCCCGAUGAGGCACAAGAUGGCGACGUCGACUUAGCCAGCGGGCUUGUACGCAGGACGGCAUCAAGGACGGCGGCGGACAAGAACUUGCCGAUCAUGAAUCCUUUCGCCUGUUACUCAUCGUAUACUGAAGCCGACUACAAUUUUGCAUGCGAAAAGUUGAAUCAAAGGUCGUUUUUAAAUGCGCCACGAGAACUUUCCUACGAAGUCUCCUUCGGCACAAUAAUAAGCCAGGCCCGAAGAGCAGCCAAGUCUUCACCCCCGGACAAAUCAAGGACUUUUAUUCUUUACAAUGCUAAGAGGCUUGCAAAGUAUAUCACGAACGAACAGAGGAGAAACCGUAUCAUGGGUUACCAGGACAAUGUUAAGGACGCAGAGCUGGCGUUAAGAAUUCUGGAGGGGAAAUGUUCACCCCCAGAACUCACUGCAGUAUCGAUGGCUGUGGUCCACAUCAUAGUAGACAUUUUGCUCGACAGAUGUCCUUUACCGAAGAAGAGAGGACCUCCAUCGAAACAAGACAAGAUAUCAAAAAAAAGCCGAACGCUGAAAAUACUUCCAGAAAAACACGCAGGCAGCCCUCGUUUACCUCACCACCAACCAUCACAGUGGCCUAAUGGCGUCUUUCAAAGUGAGACUGAGCCAAGUCUCCAAGCUCAAUCAUACAAUCCGCACUUCAAUUUUAACAAUCCGACAUCAACCAACUUGGGGCAGUUCACUCCUGUAUUCGGCGGUCCAGAUCAGUCCAUGCACUCAGAUUUAACGAAUGCAUUGGGACAAGUUAAUUUUGAUGACGGCGUGAACAUCGAUGCACUUCUCUCUCAGUUCUGCACACAAUUUGAUCCUAAUGGCAAUUGGGUACAAGCUCCUGACGUCAAUACCAAUUCUAUCCUCCCAACGCCUGUUUCGCAAGACGAUCCUGACGACCUGCUCCGAAACGGCUCUUUGGACACAAUGAUUUAA